CAGUAACCCUAAAAUUCUCUAAAUCAUAACAAAUAUAAUAAAAAUGGGGAAGGAAUACAGCAAGGAAAAAUUAGUCGACGCUAUUCUUAGUGGAGACGAAUGCAAGUUAGAUAAGUUCUUAGAGCAGCAUCCAGAACUGACUAAUGUACCCCUGACUGGAGGUAACACUAACCCAAUCUGUAGAGCUAGUUUCCUUGGUAAGCGGUCAAUGAUCGCAAUCCUUCUCAAGCAUGGCGGAGAUAUCAACAUUCGAUGUGGUGGUAAGGGAAAUACAGGCCUUAUGUGGGCUGCUUGGCGUAACUAUUCUAGAACUAUUGAGUUCUUAAUCGAUAAAGGAGCUGAUGUGGAAAUUACCAAUUUUAAUGGCGAGACGGCACUUGAUAUUAGUAUUUAUCGUAUGAGUUACGAAAGUGCUCUCCUGCUAAAAUAAGCAAGGACUUCAGCCAAAAGAGCCUGAAUUUUAUCUCCCUAAACUGGCUAUUGAAUUCGACGUCAAGAAGUUCAUCAAUCUUCUGAUUGAAGAGAAAGAGGUUGAAGAUCUCUCUAUCUUCAAGAUCAGAGGUGAUCUUGAAACUUUGCAAGCUGUCAAUGAAGAAGAACUUAAAAUAGGAGAUGUAGGGCAAGAUAAAUUUGAGUUUAAAGGGGACCCUCUUAGCUCAUUCUAUAUUGACGGUGAUCAACUUGAAGCUCUCAAAACAAUCCAAAGAGAUGAAGAAUGAAAAGAGCAUAGCAAAGACUCUGGAGCAUAAAUGAAACUGUUCAGCAUCUCGACUUUUUAUUUAAUCUUUGUAUAAGAUAAUUAUAAUAAAGAUUUCAAC